GUUCGACAUACCCUUCGACUUCGAGAUCAGCCAGCCGUGCCUGGUCCACGGCAUGGCUGGCUGGUUCGAGGCGCUCUUCGAGGGCUCCAACGCCACCGUGGUGCUCAACACCGCCCCGUGGUGUCCUGGAACUCACUGGUACCAGAUCCGCUUCCUGUUGGAGACUCCUCUUGCGGUCAAUGCCGGCCAGCACAUUGUGGGCACCGUCAGCAUGGAG